UCCCAAUUCAUCUGUUUGUCUUAUCAACCCUCCCGGUUUUGUUGUUGUUGUUGUUGUUGUUCUAGAUCUACUACUUCAAGAUGUGAACAUAUUCCAGGAGUACAAGGGCCACAUAAUACCACAAAGACAAAAGACUUUGCCCAAAUUGUUCUAUAUUUUGGGAUUAGCUCAAGAAGAUUGCAUUUUUGAGCGAACUACAUGUACUGGUGUAGUCUUUUCACAGGGGCAAUAUUAUAUGGUCAGUGGAAAGAAGGUAUUCAGAAGCCUCAAUGCAGAAGAUAGAUUGUAUUUGAAGUCAGUUUGUAAUCCUGGAUUUUAUGGCACAAAUUGUCAGUUCCAUUGUCAGCACUGUACCAAUAACCUUCCUUGCCAUGCUGUUACUGGAGAAUGUGUGGGCACUGGCCUAACAAAGUGUGGUUUAGAUUCUCCAGAUCCAAAGUGCAUUGAAGAAGUUUCCAUAGACCCAUGUCCAAAGAAGCCUAAGUGGUACUAUUAUUCAAAAUCAUGUUACUAUGUGGAAGAUUCAAAAAUUGACACAUGGGCCAAUGCCAGAAUUGCUUGUCAAGGAUAUAAAGGAACAGACCUAGUUAUAAUUACAAACAGCCAUGAAAAGAUGUGGGUGCAAUAUAAAGGAGAUGACAGCUGGAUUGGUUUGACCUUCUGCAAGCAGUUAUAUCAAUAUAUUUGGGUAGAUAAUUCGUCUACAGUCCUUCAAAAUGCAUGGGUGGUUAGACGAAACAGAAGAUACAAACAAUCUUCUUUUGACUGUGGAGUUGCUUUCAAAAAAUACCUUUCUGUGACAGAUUGUUCCCCUCUAAGAAAAUGGAUUUGCAAAAGAGAAGAAGUUGUUGAUCUCUUUACUGAGCAUGUUGGAAGAGCCAUCUACUUGCCAACUGGAAAUCCUCCUAAAUAUGCUACUUUAGAUAAAGCCAAAGAAGCCUGUUUAGUUUUACAAAAAUGUACUGGAGUGGUAGAAGCAGCAAGUGAUUUCAUGUUGCAUACUGGUAUGGAGAUAUAUAACACUAGGGACAAAAAUGUGAAAACCUGGAUCAAAUCAGAUUGUGCUUCUGGAAGAUUUGGCAAAAUGUGUGAGCAUAUAUGUCGAACGUGUGAUGACGAUGUUUCAUGCAAUCCACAUACAGGAUUGUGUGGGGACAGUUUGUUCUGCAGCGUAAAUGAUACAACUUACACUUGUGAAAAAGGGUCCUUGAUUGGUGGGAGGUGUCCUCUUGAAGAAGGCUGGUUUUAUUGGUAUGGCAGUUGUUAUUACAUUAGCAGAGGAAAUCCCCAAAACUGGAUACAGGCGAGACAUAUGUGUAAACACUAUAGGGACACAGACCUUGUCUGGAUAACUAGUGCAAAGGAGAAGAAAACACUUCUUUCUUUACUACCCAGAGGAGUCUACUGGAGUGGUCUUCAUGGGAAUUGGUUUUGUAAUCAUUUACAUUGGACAUACCCAAAUGCUUCAUAUACAGCCUCAGAAUGGUUGCGAAGAGGACACUGGACAGUCCGCUGGAGGUGCUGUGUAUACCUGACUGUUCCUGAAGGUUCAAUGCCCGGAAUUGAUUGUAAUGAGAAAACAUCAUGGGUUUGCAAGAAAAGAGAAGAUGAAACAAUGGAUUUCCAUAUGUUUGGUGGCUAUUACCUGGUUGGUAUUGCCAAGGAUAUUAAAGCAGUCAUCCACAAAUCAUUAAGUGAAGCUUUUCAACACUGCAGAUUGGAAAGAACACUUUGUACUGGAGUUCAAAAGAUAAGAGACAGCUACAUAACGUUUCUUGCAAAAAGACUGGUGCUUGUCAGUGGAUCCUUUGCAAAUUUAUAUACAGCAUACUUGAAAAGUGCUUGUACACCAGGAUAUUAUGGUCCUAGAUGUCACAUAACUUGCACUUGUAAUGGUACUGAAAACUGUAAUCCAUUAACUGGACAAUGUGCUGAAAAUGAGCAGUGUAACGAAGAUUACUUAACAACAGAUUGUGAAAAAGGGGUGAUUAAUCUGAAAUGCCCAAAAGAUCCUGGAUGGUGGUUUUGGAAAAACAACUGUUACUACAUAGAGACAGCAAAGCGUCGUACCUGGGAAGAAGCAAAGAAUUUCUGCUUAGCUUAUCAUCAAACUGAACUGAUGCCACAGCCACAAAGUGAACAGGAAAAGAUCUGGCUAGCAUCCAUGCUAACGGAUAAUACAUGGCUUGGCUUAGCAGUAAAAAAAGCAAAGGACACAGCUAACUUUGAAGAGAUUUACAGAAGAGCUCUUCUAACCUGCCCACAAAUGAAUAGGAAUGGAACCAUUGAAUAUGUUAAAUGCUCUUCUUUGGCUGCCUGGGUUUGUAAAAGGAGUGUGGAUGCCAAAAUGUUUUGGAAAUACAAUAACAGCAUACUCAUCUUGCCUUUGGGAAACAAAAUGUAUAACUAUAAGGCACAUGCAAAAUCAGCAUGCUUCUUAGAAGAAAAAUGCACUGGAAUCACCUACUGGAAGAAGAAAUAUGUACCUGUUCAUGGUAAAGAACUGAUAUUACCCAGGUCGAGCCAUGAUACUACAUACAUAAAAUCUGCUUGCAGUGAAGGACAUUAUGGAGCCUAUUGUCAGGAAAAGUGCCCAGACUGUCCACAAGACAGACCGUGCAAUAGAUUAAUGGGAAAGUGUGCAGGCGAGGUGUCUUGUCCAGAAAAAAAAGAUUUGUGGCUCUGUGAAGUCAAACUGAAAAGCCAAUUUUGUUAUCACCAGUGGGUAUACUUCAACAAUCAUUGCUAUUAUAUUUCUACAUAUGGGCAGAUUAAUAAAAGUGACGCAGAAUACAUGUGCAGCCAGUAUAAAGGAGCCCAACUCAUACAUCUGAGUACCAUUGAGGAAGAGGAGUGGCUGACUAAAAUCAUUUCUAAAACAAUUUGGCUUCACAACGUGAGUCCAGUUUUCCAGCCAAAAAUAUGGCCCGUGCAAUUGGGAAAAUCACUACUUAGGAUUCUCACAGACAUUGAGGAGUUGUGCAUUCAGCUGGAUCCUAGUCUGGAACACUUGAUAUCUAUUCCGUGUUCACAUAUUGCUUCGUGGGUCUGUAAAGCCGAAUUAGCUUCUGAGCCAGUGGAUGCUCCAAUAAAGUGGUGGGAAUCUUUGGUCUCUUCUCUUUUAGUAACCAUCGUUGUGUUGGUGGCAACUGUAUUUCUUACAUAUAAAUAUGGAUUCUGGGCUACAGAAGCAGCAAAUGAAGUGAAACCACAACCUCUUUAGUUAGAUGGCUAGGGCCUUUCCUAUGUAGAAAGAGCAAAAACUAUUAUACAUUAUUAUUAGGCUAUAAGAAACCGGCUGAUUGAACUCUUGUUGCUUUGUUCUUUAAAAUAUAUGUAUGGGCUGGAAAGACGAAUAAGCAGAAGACAGUACAGUAAUACUGAAAAAAGAGAAAUAGGAAACGGUCUUCAGCUUUAGAAAACAUUUAAGAACACCAAUGAAAUUGCAUAAUCUAGAUGAGCCUGUAAUGAUUUAGAGCAGUGGCAAAAAUUAAUGUAAUAGUAAUGGCUUCUUUAAUACAAACCCUUGAACAGUUUUGCAGUCAUUGGAAAGUCUUCCUUGUGUCUGUUUUCUUGUUUCUUUAAAUAAACUUGUGAAAAAAUA